UGGCUCAGACGCAUCCAGACGGUUUGUUUCCGACUGGCGGCCAGACGCCUGUCAAGUCAUGGCUCGAUUUGGUUCUUUGGACGAACUACGAAAGAAGGAGGAAGGGGAAGAAAAUGACAAGAACUCCAAUAGCUACGUUGGAGGAGACAAGAGUGGCUUGGCCGUGGAGCAUCCGGACUCCAGCAAGGAUGCCUGGCAACGCAUGCAACAGCUCGCUUCGAGCAGUGAAGGUGGUACAGGCCCUCUCCCCUCGGAUCAUCGCAACGUGACGGUGUAUCGGAAUGGCUUCACGGUGGGCGACGGACCCUUCCGACCGUUGUCGGAUCCGCUCAACAAGAAAUUCAUGGAUGAGAUGGCUGCCGGCCGCUGCCCCGCGGAACUGCAGGCAGGAUCGGAGCAAGUUCAUGUGGCCGUGCAUGACAAGCGUGGGGAGGAUUACAAGGAGCCGCCUGCACCGGCGUACGUGAAGUUUUCGGGCGAGGGCAACACGCUGGGGGGCAGCUCUUCUUCCACGGCGGCAGUGGAGGCUGACAAAGCAUCGAUGACGGUGGAUGCCUCCAAGGCCAAGACCAAGAUCCAGAUUCGUUUCCACGAUGGCACGCGCAAGGCUCAAGAGUUCAACGAGGAUCAUACCGUGGGAGACUUGCGCGCCUUCUGUGCACAGUGUGUGGGUGGAGAGGCGAUGACCAUCAUGGGAGGAUUCCCACCCAAGCCCAUCACCGACGACAGCCUUACCUUGAAAGAUGCUGGAUUGCUGAAUGCGGCUGUGACUGUGAAGCCAGCAUGAGUCGCUCUUCGGCCAUAAUCGGUCGGUCGUUUUGGAGGGGGGCCCAAGCAGACUGCUGCGAACUGAACAGAGGCAGCAUGGCAAAAGAGCCGUGAAAGGUGUAUGGACCGUGUGGGUCCAGAGUCCAAAACUGCAGGGCAACCACUGAGUUAGAUAUAGUUACGAUGUCGUGGACUCAUUCCUUGCUUUGUUGCUCGCAUGCUGGCUGACACAAUGGAAGAUUUGGAGAUCUAUUCCAAAUUUGGGUAAAGCAUGGUAAAUAUAGACUCCGAGGUAUCACUCUUCCAGUGGCUUCAUAUACGCGAUUCCGUCCGCUCUCCAGACCUGGUUCAAAGGGCAACGUGAAAAUGUUCCUU